AUGGCAAAACACCUUGAAGUUCCAGUUACAUUGUUAACACCAGGCACUAUUAAUGAAAAUUUACACUAUGGACCAUUUGCCCGUUACUGGUGGAGUUCCCGAUCUACAAAUGAUAGUAACGAACAUAUUUUUUUUCCUAUUCGCUUGGGUCAGAAGACUCGUGUUUUUCGCAAUAAUCGGGAGUUUAUAGUUUCAGUGGUUCUUGGAAAUUCAGAACACCCUAGACAGCCUGGAUAUUUUUGUAGUUCAGGUUCAUUUUCUGGGAAAAUAGAAACCUCUCCUACUAGAGCUAUUAGCUCUUUAUAUAAUGAAAUUUUUCAUAACUCAACUAAAUUUUCGGGACCAACAAUAAUAGGACAAAACGAUCCAAAAAUAAUAGAAGAAAUAUCUCGUGGUUUUAGAUUUAUUCCAUUUCAAAUUACAAUUGAUAAAUAUAAAAUUUUUAUACAUGACUUAGGGGUAUCAUCUCAUCCCGAGUGGCAUAAUGCUGGUUCAGGCUAUUCAUCAUCUCUCCUUCACUUUUACAAUAAGAAACAAGCGUUAUUUGUUUCAAGAAUUGUUGAUAAUGAAUGUAUUAUUGAAAUCUAUCAACAAGCACAAAAAAUAAAAAUAAUUCGUGGCUCUACACCAAGUGAAGUUUGGCGCAAAUCAUGGUUUAUGUAAAAGUAUGAUGGGA